AUGCUUAGAACAGUAUUGGGUGGAGGACUUUGCGGCUACAGGUCAUUUUCUGUGACGGCAAAUAAACUUGGGUCACAGAUAAAGCUCGGUGAAACUUUUGGAGAGGCUGAAUCCAAGAUGAAGUCGAAAGAAAGAGAUUCAGAAGAAACAGAGAAUCCAUCGCAGUUUUUGGCCAAAGUGACGGAAAAUAAAACGGCAUAUAACAAUUUCUAUAAGGACUUUUCUGCAUCUGUGGCAGAUCAGGGACAUAUGACAUCAUUUGAGGAGCAGAAGUCGUUUCACAAGAUCUUUAACUACUUGAAAAACGAGCAUGGAAAGAUAGGAAUUACUGAUACUAUCAAGAAGAUUUCGGGAUUUACUGACUCCACUACCAUCCAGACAAACCAAUUGUUGGGAGACGAGACGUUUAGACUUGCCUCGCAGAAGUCUUCAGCGAUCAAGACACGUUUCGAGGAGAAGUUGAAGCAUAAUCGUGAUAUAAUGUUCGGUUUACAACCCACAAUCGACUACAUUAACACGAAGAUCAACGAUGGAGAACAACUUGCUCAAUUUGUGCGACAUAAUGUCCUACAAGGAUUUCUAGAUAACGUGGAAGCGUUAACAAAGCAUGACAGAGAUAGAAUCAACAAAGCGAGCAUAGUGGAUCCUUCAAAGCCUUUGGUAGAUAAAUCUACAUUGCCUCUAUUACUUAGGUUCUGCCUCACCUCUAUGACCAACGAUUUCAACUCGUUGGAUGAAACUUUACUCAUCAUAAACUACAUCAAGAGACACCAAUCCAUUGAGCUCUACGAAUUUGGUCUGAACAUCGACGUCUAUAAUGCCUUAAUAGACCAGAUUUGGACCAAUACCGAGAACCUUCAACUAGUGUCACGCAUGGUGGAUGAACUCAAAGUCAAUGCGAUUCCUCCCGAUCUUGUCACCUACAAGCUUUUGGCAAAUAUUUAUCUAAAAUGUAUGAAUGUUCAGGACGAGCUUAACGCCGAGCCAUAUUUACUUUGGGGAGACAGUUCAGAUAUUCAUAAAGUGAAGCAUUUUGUUCAAGACAUAAAGAUUCCAAACUAG